GUGUGGUUCGUGAACGUUAAAGGCGCUGCAAAAAUGCAUUCGAAUAAUGCGCGUUGUAUGAAGAUCGGCAGAGACGUCUUCAAAACAAAUAUAAAAUCUUGGCUGAAAAUAUACAAACGCCAAUGCAGCAGCAGCAGCAGCACAGCAGGCGCCAACACAAGCAGCGAUGCCGCGUUGGAAUGGCAGCAGGCGCGUCCAUUCAACGAGGUGCCCCGAGAUAGCGUUUUAAAGUUGAUAUGCAAGUUUCUGCCCGGUGGCCGUUAUUACAAAUUGGAUUCUACGCAAUUCGUUAAGGCGAUGCAAAAGGAAUUUGGUGAUAUUUACGUAAUGCCCGGACUAAUGGGCAAACCGGAUGCACUCUACACACAUAAUCCGGUAGACUUUGAGCGUGUCUUUCGCAAUGAAGGUGCUUGGCCGAUAAGACCCAGUUCGGAGGUGUUACGUUAUCAUCGCAGUAAGCUGCGCGCUGACUUUUAUGACGGUGUCGAGGGCAUAUUAGCAACCCAGGGUGAGCAGUGGAGCUCAUUUCGUUCGGUCGUCACCCCCUUGCUGAUGCAGCCGAAGAAUAUCAAAAUGUAUGUGGGCAAAAUGGCGCAAGUGAAUCAGGAGCUUGUGGAGCGCAUCCGUUUGUUACGCAAUGCAGAAACCUUGGAAAUGCCAGACAACUUCGAGGAAACUCUACAACUUUGGGCGCUGGAAUCGGUGGCAGUCAUUGCACUGGACAAGCAAUUGGGCUUACUACGUGGCGAGAGUGAACAUUUUGCUGUUGCGUCAAAACUUUUCGCCGCCUUAAAGUGCUUCUUUACACUCUCGCUCGAACUGGAGUACACCCCCUCGCUGUGGCGUCUGGUGGCCACACCCAAAUAUAAACGUCUCAUGCAAGCAAUGGAUGAUAUACAAAAUAUAACUUGGAACUAUACAAAGGAGGCCAUAGAAAAACUCGAAGCGGAGCGCCAGCAGGGCAGCGAGCGCAAAGAGAGCGAGAAGAGCGUGCUGGAAAAAUUACUGAAAAUUGAUAAGAAAAUAGCAACGGUGAUGGCCAUGGAUUUGUUGCUGGGUGGCGUCGAUACGACAACCUCACUAACCGCCGGUGCUCUCCUCUGCUUGGCAAAAAAUCCGGAGAAACAAGCGAAGCUACGCGCAGAGAUCAUGCACGUGUUGCCACACAAGAAUGGCGAGUUCACAGCUGAUGCACUAAACAGCAUGCCCUAUCUGCGCGCCUGCUUGAAGGAAGCUUUGCGCAUCUACCCCUUGGCGAUUGGUAAUAUGCGUGUGCCACAAAAAGAUCUCGUGCUGAGCGGUUAUCAAGUGCCUAAGGGCACGCGAGUUAGCAUGAUCUCGACCACACUACUGCAGAGUGAGCAACAGUACGCACGUCCGUUGGAGUACUUGCCCGAACGUUGGUUACGCACAAGUGGCGACGUUGCAGCAGCAAAGAAUGGCGCAGCUUCGCUCUGUCCGGAGCAAUUGAAAGCCAGCAGUCCCUUCACAUAUUUGCCCUUUGGCCAUGGUGCGCGUGCCUGUUUGGGUCGUAGAAUCAGCGAUUUGGAAAUGGAAUUGAGUAUUGCGAGAUUGGUUAGAAAUUUUCAAAUUGAGUUUCACUAUCCAACCGACAAUGUAUUCAAGGGCAUGUUGAUUAACAUGCCAAAUGUGCCGUUAAAAUUCAAGUUCAUUGACAUUAAUUAGAUAUAGUGGCGGUUGAUUUUGUGAUUCAAAGUAAAAAAACAAAAAACAAUAUUAAAUUUGCUAGGGGUGCGUCUAAAGUAACAAAUAAAAGCAAU